UUUUUUUUUUUUUUUUUUUUUUUUCAACUUUGUUUUGUUUUGUUCUGUUUGUUUGUUUGUUUUCCAGGGGCUGUUUGUGGGAGCGUGGUAGGAGUAGUGAUUAGAAAUGUUAUAUCUUUGGCCGAGUUUGUUUGUUUGUCGAGAGAGCCGAACUGGUGAGAGGUAGUGAUGGUAAUGGCGACAACUAUGGAGGUUUGAAGGCAGUGGAAGGUGUUUGCAGAGUUUUGUGCUGCAAAUUUUCCUGGUGGUUGAUGUUUACAUUCGAUGUUCUUAGCUCGAGGUAGCCCCGUGGGCAUUGUGAAGACAGUGUGAAUCAUAUUGGAGUCGUGGAACAUCCUGGAGUCGGUACUUUUGUGAAGUCAGAAGGUGUCGCAAGGUAUGGGGAGAAGACAGGAGUUGAUUAUGUCUCUUGUGACUUGAUGACAGCUCUCGUGACUAUACAAUGUGGUUAAACCUUUACACGCUUUGCCUGCUUUCUUUUCUGGCUCAAGGGAGGCAUGUCCAGUUUUGUACUUCUACCAGCACUUCGAAUACCACGGGAAUAUACAGCUUCAUCUUCUUGUGAAGGUGCUGGACUGAUGACGUCUUUCGGUGUGCUAUGAGCGGUGUACUGGCUUAGUGCUUUACACUAGGGCCUGAUUUGCUCUUUCCUUCGCGACUCCCAAAGUUGGCCAUAAUGAGAAGUGCCUAUCAUUGGAGAGGAAAGCGUCAAGGUGUGUGAGCAACGCACAUGCAAGCUUUCCUAGUGUUCUAAGCACUAGCUUUUCAUUGGGGGCAAUGUUGGUGGCCGAUUACACAGCUCGGUUUGUUGAGUACCAGACCAUGUUACUGCCCGCUAACAUAUUUGUCAACAGUGAUCCAAAUAGUUUCUGUGGCCAUGCUUUCGUGAAUGAUAACUCCUUUCGCCUAGGGUUCUUCUUAAGUAUGCUGUCACGCAUGGAGAGUCGGAUGACACCUGCAAAACACGCGUUUUUUCAUUUGCUGUAAUCUGAACCCCUCCAAGAGGUUGAGAGGCAUGAAAAUGCGCACCCAUCGAGGCGAAGCUCAGGGUAGACAUGAUCAUGUAGCAAAGUAGAAGUUGGUCAAUACUAAUUGGCGGCAACAACGAGAUCAAAAUACUUGAGGAGUGCGACUCAAUCCGGCCAUCCACAUGGCUUUGCUGUUGAUCCAGCUCUGUCUAGGAAUGCUGGUAAUGUUACAAACAGCCUGUGCACUAAGAGACGACUUGAGCUGUCUGCUAAAUUUCAAGGCGUCAGUAGGAGAUCCCGAGGGACACCUCAUCACAUGGACGAACACAACCUCCUCUCCUCGUUCAAUCUGCACGUGGUAUGGAGUGACAUGCUAUGGUAACAACGCACCUCCUGUCUACUUCAUCAAACUCUCAGGGUCUCGUCUUAAUGGCUCUUUCCCGCAGGGAUUGAAAGGGUGUAAUGCACUUACCCGGCUGGAUUUGUCGGAUAACAGCUUCACAGGACCUAUUCCGAACAAGUUAUGCUCGGACCUCCCCAAUCUGGUGGACCUCGACCUUUCGCGGAACAAGAUCCAAGGGAGUAUUCCCUCGAGCCUCGCAGAAUGCAAGUUCAUGAAUGACAUCUUGCUAAACAACAACGAAUUGUCGGGAACAAUUCCCGAGCAGAUUGGAUAUCUAAACCGCCUCCAGAGGUUCGAUGUGUCGAGCAACAGACUGGAAGGGUUCAUUCCAAGCACUUUGGUGGAGCGUCAGUUCGAGAAUCGGUCUGGAUUCGACGCCAGCAGUUUUCUGAACAACACAAGCCUAUGUGGACGCCCACUCAAAAAUAAAUGUGCGAGGAUAGGGGACCGGAAGGGAGCAACCGCGGAGGUGAUCGUUGGAGGAGCAGUUGGAAGCGCUGUCGGGGUGUUGUUCAUCGGGGCCAUCAUAUUCUGCUGCAUUGUUCGCAGCACGAAUAAGAAGAGAGCCACAAUGUUACGCGAUGAGAGCAAGUGGGCUUCCCGCAUUAAGGCGCCCAAGUCUGUCAUCGUGUCCAUGUUCGAAAAGCCGCUGGUCAUGAUUAGGUUGAGUGAUUUGAUGGACGCCACCAACGGAUUCAGCAAGGAGAACAUCGUAGCGUCUGGUCGAUCCGGGAUAGUGUACAUAGGCGACUUCACAGAUGGAUCCGUCAUGGCAAUCAAGAGAUUGCAAGGUCCCACACGCACUGAGCGCCAAUUCAGAGGCGAAAUGGAUUCUCUCGGUCAGAUUCACCAUCGCAAUCUCGUCCCCGUACUUGGGUAUUGUGUCGUUGGCCAGGAACGGCUCUUGGUCUGCAAGCACAUGUCCAACGGGAGCUUGAACGACCGCCUCCACGACGCAUUCGAGAAGGAGCCACUGGACUGGAAGACACGCCUCAAGAUUGCUAUCGGCGCAUCGAGGGGAUUCGCAUGGCUACACCAUAGCUGCAAUCCCCGCAUCAUUCAUCGCAACAUUAGCUCCAACUGCAUCCUCCUCGACGAUGAAUUCGAGCCCCGGAUCACCGACUUCGGUCUCGCGCGUGUCAUGAAACCGGUUGAUACACACAUCAACACUGCCAUCAGUGGCGACUUCGGCGACGUGGGCUAUGUGGCGCCGGAAUAUGUCCGCACCCUCGUGGCCACCAUGCGGGGUGAUGUCUAUAGCUUCGGCGUCGUGCUCUUGGAGCUUGUCACUGCGCGAAAACCCGUGGAUGUAGUCGACAGUGACUUCAAGGGCACUCUGGUCGAGUGGGUCGGGGUGCUGGUCUCCAGCGGCUGCAUUACGGAUGCCUUGGACAGCUCCCUUCGAGGAAAGGGGGUUGACGGCGAAAUGCUGCAAGUUCUCAAAAUCGCUUUGUCGUGCGUGCAGGCCGCCGCACGAGAGCGACCGUCCAUGUAUCAGGUGUCGGGAUUGCUCCAUGCUGUUGGCCAGCACUACAACUUCAGCGACGACUGUGAUGAGUUCCCAGUGUUUCCCGAGACGGAGAGACGAUACAAUAGACUCGUUGUAUCUGUAACGUAACAUAAGUUGAUUUCACUAGCAGCUUCCAUCUUUUCCUGCAGACUGUCUUAACAUGUAGGUCUUUAGGUUACUGUACCAGAUUGAGUGGAUGUAUAGGAUCUAGUUGAAUUCGCAACAGGAUAUUUGAAUAGGUGAACCAAAGUGUGCGGGUAUGACAGUUGAUUACAUACUUUUAAGAGUUCACCCAUGUCAAAAAAAUGUUGAUGACAUUACUUAAAGAGAGUGAACAAAUCCCUGUAA